UGGAUACGUACCUUUGACAAUGACAAAUGGAUAUUUGAAAAAAAAAUAAGGGAUUAUAAGAACUAACCAGAGAAAUUAAAUUAAAUGUUUAUAUAUUUUCUAUCUAACCUGUAUAGAUAGAAUAGGUACUUAAAUAUUUCAUGGUAAAACGAAAGGAAACAAUAAUUAAUAGUUUAAAAUAAAUUUGAUAUUAUAGUGAGUUAGUGAUUACAUGAUGGGCAACGAGAGUUCUCAAUUGCGUGGCUUAGAAAUCGAGGAAAACGCAGUGGAAUUGACAGAUUUUUGGUCACAGUAUCAGGCCACAAUAAAAGAUAGUUGCCGAUAUUUUAGUUUAAAGGGUGAUGGCUCAGUAUCAGUAUUCAAAGGACAAGCAGCUUUGGGCCCUCUGUGGGCUGUGUCUACUCCUCUAGAGAAGUUUUCAAAUAAUUUGCUUAAAUAUCGCCACCCAUGUAUUGUUCACUAUAUAUCAGCAUGGCAGCAAAGAUCAAUUUUUCACCUAGCUACAGAGUUUGUGCAGCCUCUAAGCCAAGUCUUGACAGCUCAGACACCAUUACAGAAAUGUAUAGGGCUUAACAAUAUUUUGAGGGCAUUGGUAUUCUUACAUGAACAGGCGGGUAUGUCACAUAACAAUGUAAGCAUGUCAGCAAUAUAUGUAACAGGGGAUGGACAGUGGAAACUUGGUGGCCUACAAUAUCUUUGCCCUUUCACUGAUUUGACAUCUGCAUAUUUGAAACAUGCUAGAAUUCACAGAUAUGAUAAAGCAAUAGAUCCUAAUGAAGAUUCUUUUGAGACAAAUACCACAAUUGAUCAGUAUGGGUUUGCUAUUCUGGUAGAAGAUGUCUAUAAGAAUAAUAAAGAGGAUGAAGUACCACAUUUAAGGGAAUUUAAAAAAUAUUGUCAGGAGCUUCUUCAACACCGUGAUCCCACGCAUAGACCAAGCUUGUCAAUUGUACUUCAACACAAUUUCUUCAACCAUGAAUUUAUAACCAUCUAUAAGUUUUUAAACUUUUUGCCACUGAAAAAUGAAGAAGAAAAAUGUCAGUUCUUCAGUAACAUUUUGGAGAAUCUUAAAUGUUAUGAUGAGGAGACUGUUGCCAAACAACUUAGUGGUCUUUUGCUGUCUAGACUGACGAUGUUGGAUCAAACAGCGCGAAAAGACGUUAUUCCUUAUAUUCUCAAACCUAAAAAUGAGCGGUCUCAAAAUUGCGAUCAACCUGGAUUAUUCAACCUUGGUGUAUUCAAGGAACAUGUAAAGCCCAGAUUAAUACAACUAUUUGGUGUGAGGGACAGUCAAAUUAGAUUAUUAUUACUAUCCCAUUUUUCAAAAUUUGUUCAUGUCUUCUCACACGAAGAGUUGUCUCAGCAUAUUCUUCCAGAGCUCCUACUGGGUAUCAAAGAUAUUGAUGACAAUUUAGUAUCAGCAACACUUAUCUGUUUAAGUGAAUUAGUGCCAAUAUUAGGAGCUAGCACGGUAAUUGGUGGCCAGCGAUCAAAAUUCUUUACAGAUGGGAGACCUAAGUCAAAAGCCACAGGUGAUAAAUUGUAUGAAAAAGACAUAUUCUCAACGAAGAAACCCUUACGAGAUUUACCAUGUUCUGAAACUGCAUUUAACAAUGGAAAUGAAAUGCAAGAAUCGGGGUACAUAGAAACGUCAUUAACAUUGAUAGAAAGGCCAUCACCUGUUGGGGGAGAAUCUAUUGAUGACGAGAUAACAAUUAUGGAAUCUGCUAUGAAUAAAGGUAACAGUGAAGAAGACUGGAGUGACUGGGAUAAUACAAACCACAAGCUUACAUUAGCAGAGUCUGAAGAUAUCAAUGUAAAAGUCAAUUUAGUUGAUAACCAACUUCAUCACAAUGAAGUUAUACCAAUAACGUUAUCAAAUGUUAGUAGUUUAAGAACAACUCAUUUGCAAAAGGCAGCUUUGGAAGCAAAGAAAAACAUUGUAGAUAUAUCUGAAUUGGAUAUUAAAAACCAGAAGGUGGACAGUCGUAAGAAGAGUAAUGAAGACUUUGAUUUCUUUGCAGACAUGAAACCUGUUAUAGAAAAACCUAAUAUUGUAAAUGUUUCCCAAAAUAACCUUAUUCAAGAUUUUAGUAGUAAGUUAAAUUUUGUCCCAGAUAAUCACGAGGACGAAAAUGAAGGAUGGGGGGACUCAUGGGAAGACUAAUAAAAAUUGUUAAAUUAAUUAAUAAAAUAGAAAAGAAUAUAAUAAUUAUGAGGAUACAUUUAUGUUAUUUUAAAGUAUCUUCACUUUUAAAAUAAAACAUGCAUAAAUGA